AAGCAUUGUGCAACAUUUUUGCAGCAGCUUAAGAACAUUUUAAACUCUCAAAGUGAUUUUUUGUGUGCAGCCAAAAGGACCUUAGAUUGCAGCGGAUCAAUAAAGCUAAAGGGGCAGCAAAACAAAGACAAAACAAAAUAUAACAAACGGGGAACGCAGCAAAGAGACGUCGCAGCGUACAAAAAGGGAAUAAAUAAAUAAGACUGAGCAACAUAAACAGCAUCACGAUUAAGCAAUCUCUUAGCAAGCGCACAAGCACAUUGAUCUCAACUCGAUAAGCAAUAUCAACAACAAUCAAACAAUCGAUCAAUCAAUCUAGCAAUCUAUCAAUCUAUCAAUCUAUCAAUCACACAAGCAAUCCAGGCAGACCAGUCGAUAGCCAGCUGCAAACGCUCUCUAUCUCAUCGUAUAAUGUUUAGCAGUCUUGCAACGUUUCUAUUUGGAGCGCAACCAACGUCUGAGUCAACGCCAAGCCAACCGAAUCCUGUCCAGGGCGAUUCCAGCGAGUCGGGCAACGAGCAGGCAGCACCCGGUGGCGAUGUAAUCGAGGUAACCUCCUCAACACCUUCCGUAGCGGGCAAUCAGCGUGGACCGUUGCGGCUGAGCAACAGUGGCAAGCGGGGCGGUGCCAAGAAUCGGCGUGCCAAGCAGCGACAACUGCAACAGCAGCAGCAGCAGCAGCAACAACAACAACAACAGCAGCAGCAGGGCGGACAACGCAAGCAGCCGGCGACGCUAACGAAGCUGUUGACACCCAACGGCGAGUGCGUCAUCGAGGACGACAUCGAUGAGGACGAGUGGUACAUAGUGGAGAAGGAGGAUGAGGAGAACGACUCGCUGCCACGCAGCGACUCUGAGGAGGAGCUGACCGUAGCCAGGGCCGCGGCUGGAGCACCAGCUGCUGCUCCUGCAGCUGCCGCGCGCCGUCGCCAGCACAUCAAUUCGCAUUCCUUGUACAGUGGACCACGUCCGCAGCAGCAGCGCAACUACUUGCAGCGCACGCGCGCCGCUGGCCGCACGCUGAGCAUCUCCACGCUAAGCCCGCCACGCACUGUGCCAGCCAAUGAGCUGGCCGGCGAUACGUCGGCUGUCAGCCAGUCGCUAUAUGCGCCUGUCGCCGUCGCUGCUGUCUCGCCCAGCGGCAGCGAUAGCAGCAGCAGCAGCAGCAGCAGCGGCAACUCUGGCGCCGGCCUGCUGAUGGAGGAGUCCUGGUACGUAACACCGCCACCAUGCUUCACCUCGAUUGGGCCAAUCAAUAUGGAAGCAUCACCCUUUGAGAAUCUAUUGAUUGAGCAUCCAAGCAUGUCGGUUUACCAUAGUAUUAGGUCCAGCCAGGCGGGCACGGAAAGUUUCGUUAAUCUUGAUCUCGGCUCAGCGGCGGUGCCAGAACCAGAGCCAGAGCCAGCUCAGCCGGCUGCGGCGGUGCAGCAGCCGCGCAGCCACAGCGCUCGCUUCGAUCGCCAUGCGGCGGCAGAGCUGAAGCAGCAGACGUUGGCUCGUCAAAGCCAGAAGAGCCACAAUAAGAAGCAGCAUCAGGAGCUGUGCCGCAGCGCCAUUAAGCGCGCCAAUAAGGUGCGCGACUUCCAGGCCAAGGGCCAGCGUCCGCGUCGCUCGGACAUGCAGCACUGCAAGCUGGUCAGCGGUGCCAACAACAACCGCAAGUGCUGCUAGUGGAUGACAACUGUACCAUGAACCCACACAACCACACACCCACACACACCCUCUCCUCCAAGGCUCUCUCUCUACAUAU